AUGGAGGAAAGAUUUGGGAUGUUAGAGGAAAGUAUGAGGUUAGUCAUACAAAAUUUGAAUCAGUUAAGGAUUGACCAUCAACAAGAUAGAACACAAAACCCUAAUUUGCGACCCUACGAGGAUAGAACUAUUAAGAUUGAUAUACCUGAAUUUGACGGCCAAUCUUAUGAUCCAGGAAGGUACCUAGAAUGGGAGGAUAGAAUGGAUAACUAUUUUGAAUUCAAGAAUACACCCCCAGACCAACAAUACAAGCUAGCCAAGAUCAAAUUGACGAAAUCAGCCGCUAUAUGGUUAGAGGGACUUCAAAAGCGUAGAGUCAGGGAGGAAAGGGGUAGGAUUAACUCUUGGACCAAGCUCAAGAAACAUAUGAAAAGGAAAUAUGUCCCUACCUCUUACAAACAGCAGCAGUACAUCCAACUAAAUGCCAUGAAACAGGGAACAAAAUCUGUGGAUGAGUAUAGAAAUGAGUGGGAAAGGUUGUAUGUGCUUUGUGACCCCCAUGAAACUGAAGAGAUUAGAGUGGGAAGGUUCAUAGCUAGGCUGAGGGAGGAAAUCAGGGAUAGGCUGAUGACUACACCUGACCUCACAGUGCACAUAGCCAGUUUGCAGGCUGUGGAGAUUGAGAGGCAAAUCAAUAGGGCAGCCCACUCCCAAAACAGAGGCACAAGGACCUACACCCCUAGGAAUACGAGCACCAUCCCUGCACCUAAGAGAGACACUUCCAGCAGUGGGAUAAAGGUUAACACCACUAGAGGGGACCCCAGUACCAACCCUAAGGAUGUGGUAUGUUUCAAAUGUAAUGGGAGGGGCCAUUACAAAAGAGACUGCCCUAAUGCAAGAGCCUUCACCAUGAGGGAAUGGAAUGAAAUCAGACAGGACACAAGACCAAAGAAAAUCUUGGUAGCCAAAAAUGGGCAGGAAGAGGAGAUGUACCCCCCAAAUUUGAGUGAUGAUGAUGGCACCUAUGUAAGGGAUGAUGAGGGAAACUUACAGAGGUUUGAGGGGAGCACUGAAAAGGAUGAAGAUGAAGAGCUGGAGAGAGUGUUGCCUGAGGAGGAGCACCUGAGUCUGGUCAUUAGAAGGAGCUUUCACACCACACCCUUAGCUAAGAGAUCAGACCAGAGGGAAAAUAUAUUCCAAACCAAGUGCAAGAUACAGGGGAAAGUGUGUGAUCUUAUUAUUGACAGUGGGAGUGAGUCCAACUGUGUGAGCAGGCAAUUAGUGACCGAGCUGAAUCUAGAUACCAAGCCUCACCCUCACCCUUAUAAGAUGAAGUGGCUUGACAACAAAGCAAGUGGGUCAGUAAGCAAGCAGUGCUUAGUGAGCUUAGCCUUAGGGACUUAUGUUGAUGAAGUGAUGUGUGAUGUCUUAGACAUGGAUGCUUGCCAUUUAUUGCUUGGGAGACCUUGGCAAUAUGACAAAAAGACUACCCACAAUGGCUACACCAACACUUACACCCUCAAACAUAAUGGGAAAAAGAAGGAGUUGAUUCCCCUGCCCCCACACAGGGCUGUUCCCCCUAAACCAGUUAAGGCACCUAUACAUCUGAUGACUAGAAAGGAAUGUGAGAAGGAGAUUGAAAGCAGAGAGGAGCUAUACUUUGACUUACCACCUGGCCUUCCCCCUGUGAGAGGCAUAGAGCACCAGAUUGACCUUGUUCCAGGAGCUAGCCUACCUAAUAAGCCUGCCUACAGAUCCAACCCCAAGGAAACUGAGGAAUUACAGAGACAGGUCAAUGAGCUAAUACAAAGAGGCUAUGUUAGGGAGAGUUUAAGCCCAUGUGCUGUACCUACCCUGUUAGUGCCAAAGAAAGAUGGCACAUGGAGAAUGUGCAUUGAUAGCCGUAGCAUGAACAACAUAACCAUCAAGUAUAGGUUCCCUAUUCCCAGGAUUGAUGACAUUAUAGAUGAAUUGGGAGGCUCAGAAUGGUUUAGCAAGGUAGACCUAAGAAGUGGGUACCAUCAGAUUAGAAUGAAAACAGGGGAUGAGUGGAAAACUGCUUUCAAAACCAAGUAUGGGCUUUAUGAGUGGCUGGUGAUGCCCUUUGGUUUGACUGGAGCCCCAAGCACUUUCAUGAGGCUGAUGAAUGAGGUGCUUAGACCCUUCUUAGGGAAGUUCAUUAUAGUCUACCUGGAUGAUAUACUUGUUUACAGCAAGGGAGUCACAGAACACCUAGAUCACUUACAAAAAUUAUUUGAAGUAUUAAGGAAACAGAGGCUGUAUGCCAAGCUUGAAAAAUGUAGUUUCCUCCUACCUGAAGUGAGCUUUCUAGGUUACAUUAUAUGGAAGGAAGGAGUAAGAGUUGACCCUGCCAAGGUCCAGGCUAUACAAGAAUGGCCUACACCCACCACCUUGACACAGGUGAGAUCAUUUCAUGGCUUAGCUUCCUUCUACAGAAGGUUCAUAAGGAACUUCAGCUCUGUUUUAGCACCUGUAACAGAGUGUACCAAACAGGGGAGGCUUGAAUGGACCCCUGCUGCUCAAAGGGCUUUUGAAACCCUCAAGGAGAUGAUGUGUAAGGCCCCCAUCUUGAAGCUUCCUGAUUUUACCAAACCAUUUGAGUUGGAAUGUGAUGCUAGUGGGGUAGGAAUUGGGGCUGUGCUUGUGCAGGAAGGGAGGCCUAUUGCCUUUUUCAACCAUGAAUCUUUAAAGCAUAUCAAUAUUCAACACAAACUGAACAGUAGGCAUGCUAGAUGGGUGGAGUUCAUGCAGACAUUUGAUUUUUCAACUAAGUAUAAAGCAGGGAAAACCAACAUUAUAGCUGAUGCCCUCAGUAGGAAGUAUCAAUUGCUUGAGAUAGUAGGAUCCAGAAUAUUAGGUUUUGAAUUCAUCAAGGAUCACUACUCUGCUUGUUCUGAUUUUUCUGAAAUUUAUCAACUAUGCACAGAGAAGCCUCAAGGCUUAUUCAGUAUUCACCAAGGCUUCCUUUUUAAAGGAAACAGGCUGUGCAUACCUAAGCUUCCCCUAAGAUCUGUUUUAGUAAAGGAAGUGCAUGAAGGUAGCAUUGGAGGCCAUUUUGGAAUACAAAAGACCUUAGAUAUGCUUGCAAAGCACUUUUAUUGGCCUAAAAUGCUUGGCACAGUAGGGAAACAUAUCCUCAGAUGUGAGCCUUGCCUUAAGGCAAAGGUAACUUUUCACAAGGGAGAAUAUAUUCCCUUACCUAUUGCACAAAGGCCUUGGGAACACAUAAGCAUGUGA